GGCCAGAGCCUUUCCUCUUCCAGCCACGUUGCCUGGGAGAGCCGUGCACUCUCCCAGGCAGCUGCUGUGCUGCACCAGGCAGCAUCCGGGAGUGGCUCCGGGGCCUGGCUGCCAGGAAGAGCAGCCGAAUAUCAGCGGGAGCUGGCGCAGAUCCCAGUCCCCAAGAAUGAAAUGAGUAGAUGUUAACCACGUGAACACAUCUUCUGACGUAUACAUUUAUCAUAAUGGGCAACAAUAACUCCAAAAGAAAUCCGCCCCCUCCACCAAAUAACACAGAAAAGGGUACCAAUGUGAGUGCAGGCCAGAGAGACUUCAAGCAAAAUCAUGAAUUGUGUGGCCUGUCUCUUGACAUAGAAGGGAUCUCUACAAAAGUUUCAGAAAUUCACAGCAGUGAUGAGGAUCCUGAGGAUGUGUUUUACAAGUUUGUGAUUCUGCAUGCUCAGAAUGAUGCAGAUGAAGCCAGCCGACUCCAGCAUCUGCUACAAAAUAAUUUUUGUAUUAAACCUGGAAUAAUCUUUGCUGAAAUGCCUAGUGGUAGACAUUUCUUACAAAACUUAAAUGAUGCUGUGAAUAGGUCAGCAUGGACUAUUAUUCUGUUGACAGAACAUUUCUUGAGUGAGGCUUGGUGUGAGUUCCAGUCUUAUGCCUCCCUGAUGAAUGCCCUUAACAAACAGCAUAAAUAUAACUCUGUCAUACCAUUGAGGCCACUGAAUAAUCCACUUCCAAGGGAGAAGACUCCUUGUGUCCUGCAAGCCAUUAAUGCACUGGAAGAAGAUAGUCCUGGCUUUGCUAAACAAGUGGAGAAGAUUUUCCAGGAGUCGAAAUAUAGGCAACAGCAAGCAAUGUGGAAGAAAGAAAGAACAAAUGAGACACACUAGAGCUAAAGACAUGCAUAAAGACAGUUAAAUUGAUAAUUAAAUUGAAGGAGGUAAAUCCGUUGUCUUACUCAUCUCAAGUAAGAGAGAGAAACCUUCUUUUGAGAAACUAACCCACAGAAAAGAUGGUGGUAAGAGUUUCCCAUAAAGGCAUUAUUGUUAUUACUUAACACCUGUAUGUUUUCAGCAGUAUUAUCAAGAUGUGGCCAGUCAUCACCUUGACCCCUUUAUUUAUGAAAUGCCACUUUCCCCUACUUGUUUGUUUGUCUGGCUUCUCUUUAUAUUGUACGCUCUACUGGGCAGAUACUGUGUCUUCUUUUAAGUUUGUACAGCUCCUCACAUGUUGUAGCUGCUACUGGAAACAAAUAAUAAAUAGGAUAGUACUAACAGUGGCUGCUACUGAGAGCCAACAGACGCGACACAGGAUAACAUCCUGUAAGGAAGGCUAUUCUAUUAAUAACAAUCUUUAUAUCAGAAAUAUAAAUAUGUUCGAAAUACUUACCAGUGUUACGAAACCAGGAAAAUACAUUCAGCACCCUACAAAAUAUAUGCUGCUAUUUUAAGAAGAAUCUCAAAAUAUGUGUGCUCUACUUUUGUCAUGUUUGCAGUUGUUAAAAAGCAUAUAUUUUCUAAUGAUACAUCUUGACCAAAUGGGUAGGUGCAUUUUAAAAAUUAAAAUAAACAAACACAAUUUCUUUUCACUAAACUUGUUUUUUGUUCAAGUCUUAAAGAAAAACCUGGCAAAGUGAUGCAUAGAGAGAUGGAACUUGGGAGACUGUGUGAAGAUCUUAGAGAUAAGAUGUACCUAAAGAAUUGCUCUCUGUAGCUCAAAAGCUUGUCUCUUUCAUCAGCAGAAGUUAGCUAAAAGAUAUUACCUCACCCACCUGGUCUCUCUUAGAGAUAAGAAUCAUGCAUUCAUGUUGGAAAAGAAGAAAGGGAGAAAUUUUAGAAGUUAAAUCAUUUUGAGUUAUUUAAGUUUAAAACACUUCCAGUAUCCCAGUUCUUAGGCAUAUCUUCCCAGAUUUAUUAAAAUGGAUUUACACUGGUAUGUGUUUUUCCUUUUACAUGAUAGGAUUAAUGCCUAUGAUUCAAUUGUUUGAUUAAGUCAGAUUUAAGUGCACUUGUGUAAUGUUGAUGGGGAGAGAAGGAAGUAUUAAUCCAGUAGUAAAGUCUUUGCUGUUUCUAAUGAAAGGGCAAGCAUGACAUUUGAGUAUUUUAAUAUUUUUUAAUACCCAUUUCUGUGUCAGUGUUUCAUUCUUUGAAAUCACUUGUUCUGUGCAAGUGGUGACCGUGAACUUCUCAUCAAAAUCACUUGUCCCUCGCUGAGAAGAAAAAAACAGUAGGAUUUGAUCCUUGGCACAAUAUCUGUCCAAUAGCGGUUGGACGUUAGGAGAUCCUGUGUUCUAAUCCUGGCUGUGCCACUCACUGACUUGCUGCGUGACUUCAGAGAAGCAAUUUCUCCUGCUGCCUCAAUUUCCUUCUCUGUAAAAUGAGACUAAUACUUGCACACUUUCCUGACAAAGGUGUUAUGAGAAUUAGUUAUGUCUGUACAGUGCUUUGAACAUAAUAUAUAUAAAUGCUAUGCACGAUCAGGCCACAUCAGCCUAUUGUGUCGUAAAACCAAAGAGAGGUGAAAUUGGGGAGGAAAUUUCCAUAUGCACUCCCUCACGUCGCUCCCUUGCAACAUCAUCUUGCUGAGAAGGGGAUUUGCCCCCAUGGGGAGAAGGAGGUAUAUGCACUCUAAACCCAUCAGAUCCCCAUAGGGCCCUCUGCCUCUACACCACCUGUAGUUCUGGUGGCCCCAUUAGCUACUUUCAUGCUUCCUUGAUCCUAGGCCUUUGCCACAGACAGACCAAGUGCACCUAUAUUAAAGCAGUCUUUGGGUUGCUCUAAAAUACAGCCAAUACAGUAGCCUUCAGGGGCUGUUAUGGCAGCUAGGAAUCACCAAGACAACGGGAAGCUCUGGCCAUGCACCCUACACUAACCAACUAGCAGGCUGUGAUGUAGGAGCUGCUACAGUGGUUUUGUAGCACGCUAGCUUUGGGCUGCUUUGCACCAAUAGAGUUACGCAAGGUGCCCCAGUACAGCUGAGGAUCAGGGCCUAUUUAUUCAUUAUGUGAUAUUUAUGAUGUCAGGGACUCUGACAACAGGGUGAAACUUCUUAUUGGCUAUGAAUCUCUCAUCAUUUAUAUUGUGUACCAAAACAAUUUUUUACUUUCACAAGAGACCCCUGCUGACUGACCAGGUACUAAAGCUGUAUGGAGGCUGAUACUCAGCUUUGCCGAACACUCCGAAAUGACUAAAUACCAAUUGUCUAGGUUGAAAUGUUGUCAGUCAGGCCUCUGUAAGGUCUCCAGAAGAAGUCUUGCUCCAGUCCCCUUGGGAUUUUCCUAGCCUCUGAAGAACCCCUGAAAUUCCUUAGUGACCUAGUACAGUGUCCAACGCAGACAAUGUUGACUACAACUGCUCAGCAACAACUAGAGCAGCUGGCAGCAUCAGAUAGACAGCUGAGUGGAGAGUGUGUAAAGACUGGGUUUAGGAUUAUAAAACAAAACUGGGAUCAGCAUGAACAGAACCCUGUUCUGUUGCCUUACAGUGCAGGGUACAAGUCCUAUCUACUUUCCUUAAAGGAUUGGGUGGAUCAAGGGAGGAGGAUUUUAAUUGUGAAGGGUUGGUAGAGCUCUUCUGUGUACAUUGAUUCAUUUGAUUUAAUUACUGUCUGGUUUUUAUUAAGGUUUUUUAAUUUUUUACUUUUCAAUGGAAAAAUCACAAUAGACAAUUUUGGGUUUUUUUCUUUUCUAAAAUUAAAGUUACCAUCUGUAAUGUACAGCAUACCGUUAAUAUGUAUAUGCAACAACCUUAAUAUUAAACUGU